CCUGCGCCGAUGGCUCGGAGUACUUUCCUGGCCGUCAGCUUCUCAGUCAACAAUGGAGAAGACUCGGGCAAAUUUGACAUGAUACUGUUCAACCGCACUGGUGAAGGAGACACAUGCCGCACGGCAUUAAGGGCAGCGCCUGAUGGUGGUUGUGAUGCUAUUUUGGUCAUCUCCGCCAAACGACGGUAUAGCUUCAGGCCACAGGCCUCAGGCACAAUAAAGAAUAGAUGAAUAAGACACUGUUCCCGUGUCUGCAUUGCCAGGCAGUGCCUCGUACCGUCUCAAAUAAAACAAAUAUCCGUAUCCUCACCUUGCUGCACUUCACGCUCAAGAUGCAAACUGUAAAUCCAGUGGUCGCCACCAUACUUCACCUCCUCCGCACCGCGGCAACGCUUUGCACGGGGAUUGUUUUCCUAUACCUCGCUCGUCGUGAGCCCGAAAUCAAGUUCUACGCAUUCUAUGCUGGAGCAUACGCAAUCGUGAUGGGUGCUUUUGGGCUGAUUGGCUCAAGAAGCGUUUUUCGCAAGGCUCUUGCGAAGAAGAACGAGGCAACGAAACCCCAGUCGAGUGCGGAUACUGCACCUGAAACCACUGGAACGGAGGGCGUUUGGGAAGAUGAGAAGCUUCAAGAAGUUCCCAAGACCGCAGACUUGUUGGUCUGAUCAAUGCCUUUCAAGUACCAAGCAGGUACCUCAUACAUUGUAGUGCGGAACUCAAUUUUCCUCCAAGAUAUGUAGCUCUAAAGUUCUCUUGCCUCGCACAAUCAAUCGUCCACCAAUGUAUUGGUCCAUGUUAAUUUCCAAUGUUUCAUCCACGAGUUUCAUACGACACUUAUCGCUCGCUGCUCAAAAUGCGAUUCUGCAAUCUCCC